CGGGGUCCUGAUAAUGACAGGAUGGCGGAGGCAGGGGGACCGGAGUCCACUGCGGCCCGGUGCCCGGACGAGUCCUCGGACAGCGAGCCCGAGCAGGAGCCCGGAUCUCCGCAGAAGCUCAUUCGAAAAGUGUCGACGUCCGGUCAGAUCCGCAGCAAGACUGUCCUGAAGGAAGGGACGCUCCUGAAACAGACAAACUCCUUCCAGCGCUGGAAGAGACGAUACUUCAAGCUACGAGGAAGGACUCUGUACUACGCUCAGACCAGCAAGUCGAUCAUCUUUGACGAGGUGGACCUGACUGACGCCAGCGUGGCCGAGUCCAGCACCAAGAACGUCAACAACAGCUUCACAGUGAUCACCCCCUGCAGGCGCCUCAUUCUGUGUGCUGACAACAGGAAGGAGAUGGAGGAGUGGAUGGCGGCGCUGCGCAGCGUCCAGAACCGGCAGAACUAUGAGUCCACCCAGUACAGCAUGGACCACUUCAGUGGGAUGCACAACUGGUACGCCUGUUCCCACGCCAGACCGACGUACUGCAACGUGUGCAGGGAGGCGCUGUCAGGGGUCACGUCCCACGGCCUGUCCUGUGAAGUGUGUAAGUUUAAGGCUCAUAAGCGUUGCGCGGUCCGAGCCACAAACAACUGUAAGUGGACAACUCUGGCUUCCAUCGGGAAGGACAUCAUUGAGGACGAGGACGGGGUGUCGAUGCCUCAUCAGUGGUUGGAGGGGAACCUUCCUGUCUCCGCUAAGUGUAGCGUCUGCGAUAAGACAUGCGGCAGCGUCCUCCGGCUGCAGGACUGGAGGUGUCUCUGGUGUAAAGCCAUGGUGCACUCAGGCUGUAAGGAGCAGCUGUCGUCCAAGUGUCCUCUGGGUCAGUGCAAAGUGUCCGUCAUUCCUCCAACAGCGCUCAACAGCAUCGAUUCUGACGGUUUCUGGAAGGCGUCCUGUCCUCCGUCCUGCACCAGUCCUCUGCUGGUUUUUGUCAACUCAAAAAGUGGAGACAAUCAGGGCGUGAAGUUCCUGCGACGGUUCAAACAGCUGCUGAACCCGGCGCAGGUGUUUGACCUGAUGAACGGAGGACCUCACCUGGGUCUGCGGCUGUUCCAGAAGUUCGACACCUUCAGGAUCCUGGUUUGUGGAGGAGACGGCAGCGUUGGCUGGGUUCUGUCCGAGAUCGACGCUCUGACGCUGCACAAACAGUGUCAGAUGGGUGUUCUUCCUCUCGGAACCGGGAAUGACCUGGCUCGGGUUCUGGGCUGGGGCUCAGCCUGUGAUGACGACACGCAGCUACCUCAGAUACUGGAGAAACUGGAGAGAGCCAGCACCAAGAUGCUGGACAGGUGGAGCAUCAUGGUCUAUGAGACAAAGUUUCCACGGCAACACUCUGCCUCCACCGUCACGGAGGACUGCAGUGAUGACUCGGAGGUGCAGCAGAUUCUGACCUACGAGGAUUCUGUGGCUGCUCACCUGACCAAGAUCCUGACCUCAGACCAGCACUCAGUCGUCAUCUCCUCAGCCAAAGUUCUCUGUGAGACCGUCAAGGACUUUGUGGCUCGUGUUGGUAAAGCUUAUGAGAAGAAUACAGAGAAUUUGGAGGAGUCUGAGGCUAUGGCCAAGAAGUGCGGCGUUCUGAAGGAGAAACUGGACUCGCUGCUGAAGACUCUGAACGAGGAGUCGCAGGCCUUGACGGUGCUCCCCCCGGCUCCUCCGCCCACCAUCGCUGAGGAACAGGAGGAGCUGGAGGUGGUCAGUCUGGCUCCUCUCCUUCAUCCUGCUCCUCCUCCUCUCCCUCCCUGUUCGCCACGGGCCACACCGCCACCUUCAGCGGCAGCUGCCAUUUUUAAACCUCGGGAGCAGCUGAUGUUGAGAGCCAACAGUCUGAAGAAGGCGAUCCGACAAAUUAUUGAGCACACAGAGAAAGCUGUGGACGAGCAGAACGCUCAGACCCAGCAGCACGUCUUCUCUGUGGGUCGUUCCGAGCAGCAGGUGGGUCUGGUUGAAGAAGAGGAGGAGGAAGACGGGGAGGAGGACAAGUCGUCCCUGCAGUCGUCUUUCAGCUCCAAACAGCGCAGCAGCCGCAGACUCAGCAAGACGCCGUGUGAGAAACUGAUCCAUAAAGGCUGCCUGUUACCUGGCAGCUCCGCUUCACUUCCUGUCCAUACAGGAAGUAGAGACAACAUGCCUAUGCUGAACACAAAGAUCUUGUAUCCAGGCACUUUGACCAGCAGCUCGGUCAUCAGUCGGCUGCUGGUCAACGCCGACCCGUUCAGCUGCGACGCCGACAACAUGGACUGCUACACGGAGAAGUGCGUCAUGAACAACUACUUUGGCAUCGGACUCGACGCCAAGAUCACGCUGGACUUCAACAACAAGAGAGACGAGCAUCCAGAGAAGUGCAGGAGUCGCACAAAGAACUUGAUGUGGUACGGAGUGUUGGGAACCAAAGAGCUGCUGCACAGAACCUACAAGAACCUGGAGCAGCGAGUCCUGCUGGAGUGUGACGGGCGGCCGAUCCCCCUGCCCAGUCUGCAGGGCAUCGCUGUGCUCAACAUCCCCAGCUACGCCGGGGGAACCAACUUCUGGGGCGGGACCAAGGAGGACGAUACCUUCACGGCGCCGUCCUUCGACGACAAGAUCCUGGAGGUGGUCGCCGUGUUCGGCAGCAUGCAGAUGGCCGUGUCAAGGGUCAUCAACCUGCAGCACCACCGCAUCGCGCAGUGUCGGACAGUGAAGAUCACCAUCCUGGGGGACGAGGGCGUCCCGGUCCAGGUGGACGGGGAGGCCUGGAUCCAGCCUCCCGGCUACGUUAAGAUCAUCCAUAAGAACCGGACCCAGACCCUGACCAGAGACCGGGCGUUUGAAAGCACCCUGAAGUCCUGGGAGGACAAGCAGAAAUGUGAGUUUCCUCAGCCGUCGCUGCCGCCGCAGCCAGAGACGGUUUCUGAGGACGAGGCGCUGCUGGUCAGCGAGUUCGGUCAGGCUGCAGGAGCCCUCAUCCACAGUAUCCGGGAGGUGGCCCAGUUCCACCACAGCAUGGAGCAGGAACUGGCCCAUGCCGUCAACGCCAGCUCCAAGGCCAUGGACGUGGUCUACGCCAAGAGCCCCGAGGCUCUCAGCUGCAGCUCCGUGGUCCACAUGGUGAGCGACGUCAAAGCUCUGCUCAGCGAGACGGAACUGCUCCUGGCCGGAAAGAUGUCCAUGCAGUUGGACCCGCCUCAGCAGGACCAGCUGAACGCCGCUUUGGGUUCUGUGGCCCAGGAGCUCCGCCGGCUGUCGGAUGUCGCCUGGUUGUGUCCCGUUAUCGACCCGUCGGACCAGGAGGGUCCUCUGGCGGACUUCUCCAAACGGAGUCAAAGUGGGAAAUUUCGUCUUGUCUCAAAGUUCAAGAAGGACAAAAACAACAAGAACAAAGAGAUGUGCGCCACCUUGUCCCUGCCAGUUCACCAGUGGGGAACCGAGGAGGUUGGGGCCUGGCUGGACUUCCUGUGUCUGUCUGAGUAUAAGGACAUAUUUAGUGGCCACGAUGUCCGAGGAGCCGAGCUGAUCCACCUGGAGAGGAGAGACCUGAAGGACCUCGGAGUGACCAAGGUCGGACACAUGAAGCGGAUCCUGCAGGGCGUCAAGGAGCUGACGAGGAGCAGCAGCGCCAGCGAGGCCUAGCCGCCUGCAGGAACCGCCGUCCGCUGUCCUCCUACCUCUGCUGCCUUUCUCCACCCCGUCCAGCCAGAAUCCACCGGACCCGACCGGGACCAGAACCAAAACCGGCCUUCAGAAACACCGGGCAGAAACUUUUGCAGGAACCCAGUUCCGAC